CCCGUGGUCCGGCCUGGUGCCUCGGUGCCCGCUGUCGAGCUUGAUGACUCGGUGCCCGCUGUCGUGCCGGAUGACUUGGUGCUCGCUGUCGUGCCAGAUGACUCGGUGGCCGCUGUCGUGCCAGAUGACUUGGUGGCCGCUGUCGUGCCAGAUGACUUGGUGGCCGCUGUUGUGCCAGAUGACUCGGUGCCCGCUGUCGAGCUUGGUGACUCGGUGCCCGCUGUCGAGCUUGGUGACUCGGUGCCCGCUGUUGUGCCAGAUGACUCGGUGGCCGCUGUCGUGCCAGAUGACUCGGUGGCCGCUGUCGUGCCAG